AUGGAAGCCGAGUUUAGCCAUUCGAAGCCUUGGGCAUUCAAUGUGAAUAGGUUGUUCAUGGCUGCCAUAACAUCAUCUUUAAUGAUUUUCCAACAAGCUUUGAAGAAGGCACCCGUGAAGCCAUCCGGUGCCAGCAGAAGUGAUCCGUGGACUGCAGCUAUGGGCAACCUGUGUUGCUGUGUUCAAGUUGACCAGUCGACUGUGGCCAUCAGGGAGCAGUUUGGCAAGUUUGACAGCGUGCUUGAGCCAGGAUGCCACUGCAUGCCUUGGUUUGCCGGGAAGCGUGUAGCUGGUCAUCUCACACUCAGGCUGCAGCAACUGGAUGACAAUGUCUUUGUCAAUGUGGUGGCAUCUAUUCAGUACCGCGCUCUGGCUGACAAAGCAAGUGACGCUUUCUACAAACUGAGCAACACAAGGUCCCAGAUCCAAGCUUACGUCUUUGACGUUAUCAGAGCAAGCGUUCCCAAGCUCCAUUUGGACGAUGCUUUCGAGCAGAAGGACGAGAUUGCCAGGGCGGUGGAGGAAGAGCUUGAAAAGGCCAUGUCGGCUUAUGGCUUUGAGAUCGUGCAGACUCUCAUCGUGGACAUCGAACCAGACGAGCAUGUGAAGCGCGCAAUGAACGAGAUCAACGCAGCUGCGAGGCUGAGGGCGGCUGCAAACGAGAAGGCAGAGGCGGUGAAGAUCGUGCAGAUCAAGCGUGCUGAGGGGGAGGCAGAAGCCAAGUACCUGUCCGGGCUGGGCAUUGCGCGGCAGCGGCAGGCGAUCGUGGACGGGCUGAGGGACAGCGUGCUGGGGUUCUCCGUGAACGUGCCCGGGACCACCGCCAAGGACGUCAUCGACAUGGUGCUCAUCACCCAGUACUUCGACACCAUGAAGGAGAUCGGCGCAUCGUCCAAGGCUUCGUCGGUGUUCAUCCCGCACGGUCCCGGUGCGGUGCGCGACAUCGCCACGCAGAUCCGCGACGGCCUUCUGCAGGGCUCCUCUGUCACCCAGCACUAA